AUGGGUUCCAAUAACGGAAGAGCGACGAAGUUAGCUUUAGUCCCUCUACCCAAAGGCUCCGUAUUGCUCCCUGGCGUCACUCUACGCAUACCGGUGUCGAAUCGCCCUGAUCUUGCCAACCUUCUCUCGGCUCUCCUCGAUCAGACAAAUCUGGGAAAGCGGGAUGGGAACACUAUCACAUUCGGUUGCGUACCUUUGAGUUCGCCAUUGCUAAGCAACGACGGCCAGCAGCUGAUCGAGGACGGAAGCUUGGAUGGUGCUAAGAAGGAGGAAUAUGAUGCUAUAGAUGCAGGUCAGGCAAGGAAAGAGGAUCUCUUCCGGUACGGCACGGUCGGCAAAGUAAUAGGGGUGCAACGACGUGCCUAUGCAGAGCCGUUCCUCGUGGUCCAAGGAGUCCAACGUUUCACUAUUAAACACAUACUGAGGGACAGGCCCUUUUUCGAGGCAGAGGUGGUUCUACACAAUGAACGAGAUGCCGUUUCCAACGAUGCAGAAACCGUUGAGUUGUUCCAGCAGUUGAGGCAACUUUCUCGCGAACUCAUAACCCUCCUACGACUGUCGUCUCUACUACCUUCCACUGGCACGCGCCUGUCGCCGCUCGUUGCUCGCAAAUUCGAGGUGUACAUUGCGAAGACGGAUCUAUCGCAGGCGGGCAAUCUGGCCGACUUUAUGGCAGAUGUAGCUGAUCCUACCUUCGAGGAGAAACUGCGCGUGUUGGCUUCUUUCGCUCUGAGAACUCGGUUGGAAAGAGUUGUAGAGUUAUUGGGCCGUCAAGUUCAAGGAAUCAAGAACAGCGUCAAAGUUACGACGAUCUCCACCUCGUCAUUCCCACCGAAUUCUUCGUUCGAUAUCAGUCAGAUUGAUCCUCGAGAUCGUGAGUUGUUGGCAAGGCGAGCCAUGGCCGGCCUGACGGGCUUGACGCCCCCUGGAGCCGCAAGCGGACGUAACGAGGAUGAAAAGGAGACAAACGAAGUUGAUGAAUUGCAAAAGAGGCUCCAGGAGGCAGAGCUCAGUCCCGAGGCUCGGAAGGUUGCUGACAAGGAAUUGAGACGUCUUCGAAAGAUGAACCCGGCAAACGCCGAAUAUGGCGUCUGCCGAACAUAUCUCGAAAACAUCGCCGAUAUUCCCUGGACCAAGGUCACCGAGGACAAACUAGGACCUGAGACGCUGAAGAGAGCAAGGAAGCAGUUGGAUGAGGACCAUUACGGUCUUGAGACGAUCAAGAAGAGACUGCUGGAAUACUUGGCUGUCUUGCGAUUAAAGCAGUCAACCAACCAAGAUGUUGAGCGGCAAAUUGCUGCACUCACCAAGGAACUUGAUGCUGCCAAUGAAGCGCAUGUCGAGAAGGACUUUCCUGCUUUGUCCGAGUCAGACAGAGUCUCUCUUGAAGCAAAAUUGAAUUUGCUUCAGUCAAGACGUAUGGCUGAUAAGUCUCCAAUCCUGCUGCUCGUUGGUCCACCUGGUACUGGCAAGACGAGUUUGGCAAGAUCCGUGGCCGCCUCUCUCGGACGCAAGUUCCACAGGAUUUCUCUUGGUGGCGUGAGGGACGAGGCUGAAAUUCGAGGCCACCGGAGAACCUACGUUGCUGCUAUGCCAGGCCUAAUCGUGAACGGUCUUAAAAAGGUUGGGGUUGCCAAUCCUGUAUUCCUCCUUGAUGAGAUCGAUAAAGUGGGCGGGGCCAAUUUCCAAGGAGAUCCAUCCGCAGCAAUGCUUGAGGUCCUGGAUCCCGAGCAGAACUACACAUUCGUCGAUCAUUACAUCAAUAUCCCAAUUGACCUGAGCAAGGUUCUCUUCAUAGCCACUGCCAAUUCUCUUGAUACCAUACCCGCGCCGCUACUCGAUCGUAUGGAGACAAUCACUUUAUCCGGCUACACGACUGUUGAGAAGAGACAUAUCGCCAAGAGACAUUUGAUACCAAAGCAGAUCAGAGCCAAUGGUUUGUCCGAGGGCCAAGUUGUUCUUUCUGACGAAGUCAUUGACAAAGUCAUUACCUCUUACACAAGAGAGUCGGGUGUGCGGAACCUUGAGCGCGAGUUGGGCUCGAUUUGUCGACACAAGGCUGUUCAAUAUGCAGAUGCGGUUGAUAAUGGCAGGUUGGAUACGUACAACCCUGUGGUUGCUCUUGACGACUUGGAAGAAAUUCUUGGAAUUGAACGCUUUGACGAAGAGAUUGCCGAGAAGCAUGGUCGGCCAGGCGUUGUAACCGGUCUUGUCGCAUACUCGACUGGGGGCCAGGGCAGUAUCUUGUUUAUUGAGGUUGCGGACAUGCCGGGUAAUGGUCGCGUUCAGCUUACAGGCAAGCUUGGUGAUGUUCUGAAGGAGAGUGUGGAAGUCGCCCUGACCUGGGUCAAAGCUCAUUCUUUUGAGCUCGGUCUCACACAUGACCCCAACGAGGACAUCAUGAAGAACCGAAGCUUGCAUGUCCACUGCCCAGCAGGAGCUAUCCCCAAGGAUGGUCCCUCUGCUGGACUUGCUCACACAAUCGGGUUGAUCUCCCUAUUCACAGGCAAAGCUGUGCCUCCGCAGAUUGCAAUGACCGGUGAAGUCUCCCUGCGAGGACGGGUGAUGCCUGUUGGAGGUAUCAAAGAGAAAUUGAUUGGAGCACUGCGUGCCGGUGUCAAGACUGUCCUCCUACCCGAGCAGAACCGGAAGGAUGUCAAGGAUGUACCGCAAGAGGUCCAUGAUGGCUUGCAGAUUGUCUAUGUCAGGCAUAUUUGGGAAGCGAUUCGUCAGGUCUGGCCUGACGCCCAUUGGCCUGGACAACACCACAUGAACUUUGUUGAAAGCCGGCUGUAG